GUAAAUAGAACAGAUUUACAAAAAAAAAAAAAUACAAAUCGGAAAACCCGAUAUCCGUAUAUUGCCGGCGAUCGAUUCAAUGAAGACGAGUAUGAGCUUCGCUGUCGGCGUAAUCGCCCUUCUAAUGCUUUUUCACGCCGCUUACUCUACAAUUCAAUAUAGGGCUUUGCUUAAGAUCACUGAAGAUGAGUUCACUGGACCUCCUUAUGAAGUGAUGGUUGAGUUGAUAUUAGUAUUGAUUUUGAGUUUGUUUGCUGGACUAACCGUUCCGGGAAAUUUCCGGUCAAUCCUUCCAGAUUCAGAUGAGAAUAGAGUGGUGUCUCUACCUUCCAAUAUGAACUUUAUGAUUUUCAAUCAUCGUGGAAAGGCGUUCCCUACAGAAAUUGGCUUGAAGCUCAACUGAAAGGGCACCUUUUACAUUGAUGGGAUCCAUCGCUUGUAGCUGUGUGGCUUCCACUCCAUGGGAUCUUAGAAGCACCCAUAUUGGAUUUUUGUAUACUAGUGUGUUAGACAAACUGUCGCUUGAAAGUUGUUUUGAUAUUGAAAAGAUUUGAAUUCUGCCUUAUGCAUAAUUAGUUCUUUCAGGGUUGAUCAUUA